UACGUGCAUUUGCGUGCGAGCAUUCAACACCAUGGCAGCGGAAAUAAGUGAGAGAGACAAGCAAUUAGCCAGAGAAUUAUGGCAACUAGUGGAAAAGGACUACGCAGCUGUAGGCAACAUUCUGUUCAGAGAACUAUUCACAGCAUACCCCGACUACAUAAAAUACUUUGAAAAAAUGAAAGCCUCUCCAGAGCAAGAUAUUUUCGAGUCUGCAAGAUUUAAGAAACACAUGGUCUCAGCUUUGUUUCCAUCUAUUGCUUUACUGCUGAAGAAUCUCGAUGAUCCUGAAAAGCUUGCGGAACAGUUGAAGGAUAUAGGAGUGAACCACAAGAAAAGAAAUCUUCACAGAGCACAGUUUGAGGCUCUUCACAAAAUAAUAAUCGACACGUUCAAGAAAACGUUGCCCGAACAGUUCACAUCAGAAGUAGAAUCAGCUUGGAACAAGAUCUUAGGUGUCGCGUUUGAUAAGAUCUCUUCUCACUUGGAUAACCAAUGUUAAAAACUUUUGAAACUCUGUGUUUGAACGUUUCUAUGUCAUAAGAAAGAAAGUGUUCUUUGCUUGUGGAACCAUGAAAUUAUUAAUUAUAAAAUUAUUUAUAGGUUUAAGUAUUUUAUUUUUGUAUCAGAAAUUUAUAUUAUGACAACUUGUGAGUUUAUAAAUGUACAAAUGUGUUUUGUAUACAAUAGGUAUUAAUUUAUCUUAUUGUUUAUGUAGAGGUCCAAUUCAGCCAGACAACAGAUUAAUUAUUCAAUUGUGAAAAAAAUGAAUAUUUUAAAAUCGUUCUCCCUCACAAUACAUAAUGUGAACCAUGUGUUUACAAUAAUUAUUUUCUUUUGGGGAUUAUACAGUUAGCUUUUAGUAGUUUUAUCAGGAUGUAAUGAAAAAUCCAUUUUGAAAAUUCUGUUAUCAAUUAUAUUCAAGCAUCUAGUAUUCAGACUUUAACUUAUUGUUAGUAAGAAAUUUACAUUAUGAAAAUAUUAUUAAAAGCAACCAAACACCUCAGCCAAUCUGUACUGUAAUUAUUAUAAGUUAUUAAAGUUUUUAAUAUUUUAAUGU